CGGACACCUACAUGAUAGCUUGAAAUCCGAGUGUACUGUGUUGUUAAGUUCCUGGAUCAAGGACGAAAAAGCCAAAAAAGAUCCAUGUGAAUUCAUUAGUGGAGUGGAGUGGGAUAGAAUUAGUGGUAGAUGAGCAUUGUGAAGAAGAGAAUAUCACAUCAAACAUUUCACCAUGAUACUAGAAUACUGUCUGCUUGGUGCCAGUGCAGCAGCCACUGGACUCUUCUCAAUAUUCUGGCAUAAGAAAGCAAGGACUCUAGCAAAUGUUAAGGAUGCCCCCGUCUUGGAGCUGAAUGAAGACCUUGCUAAUAUGCUCAGCACCACACCAAACCAGACUAUCCCUUAUGCUGUCAUAGAAGGUAAUAUCAAAGCAGUGGAACAGUCUAUCAAGAGUGAAUAUGUAGUAGGGGUCGUAGGGGUCAUUCAGACGCUACUGUGUAGAGAGCACAAGACAGAGUGGAGCAAAUCAACAAGAUUAUGGUAUGACACAACACGGUUGAUCCGAGACACCACAAGGCAGGUCCCUUUUGAUGUAGCACGUGGUAAUGUAGUUGUAGGUGUUGAAGAUGCCCUUGUGGCUACUGGUCUAGAACUGGAAACUAUCCAUGACAAGUUCUUCCCCUACAACACCUCCUUAGGAAACAAUAUCCUUAGUUGGGCCAGCGGAGAAAAGACCAAAGGUUUCCAAGAAAUUGAACGAAUGCUCCCAGAGGGUGCUCUAUUAACUGGAGUAGGAGAGCUAGCCAUUGUUAAUGGUAAGAUGAUGUUAAGACCACCAACAACUGGAUUGGACUACAUACUCUCUUUGUCUGGACAGUCUGGCAUUCUACGGGAACUGAGAUCCAAACUGCGUCGGUGGAAAGUUCUAGUGGCUAUUUGUGGAUCAGCAACGGUUGUCAUGCUAUGUAUUGUUGUAUGGAAGUGGUUUAAGAGGUACCAAGAGCAACGUAACUAUGACUUGUAUGUCCAACGAGUCAUUCAGCAACGGGCAGAACAGGCAGAAGGGUCCAAUGUGGAUGAUCUCCAUGGUAGAUAUCAAGAAAUGAAUUCCUGUGCUAUCUGUCUCUCCCGGCCUAGGGACUGUGUACUCCUGAACUGCGGGCAUGUAUGCGCAUGCUCAGAAUGUGCAAUCGCUCUCCAACCACCUCAAUGCCCUAUAUGCAGAGACAGGAUAGCUAGGAUUGUACCACUUUAUCAUGCAUGAUGUUAACUUAUGUCGUAUUGUUUAUUUUAUGUCACAUAAUUCAGUGUUGAAUGCAUUCUGGAGCAAUUACCAGUGUAGACUUAGGUGUAUCUUGUUCUACUAUUGGUUUUAAUGCCUGUAAAAUUUUAUUUAUAUCUAUUGUAAAAGCUUAACUUAAGAAUUCAAGAACAAGGAUUAAUUGUGUUGCAGUGUAACAAUAUUACAAUUCAUUAAUUUAUACUCUUGAUUAUGAUAAAUUUUGCAGCUUCCUAAAAACCCUUUGUGCUAUCAAAAGUUAAACUCUACACAUUUUAAAAUAGUUUACAUAUUGCCAUGCCUUUUGAACUCGCCCCAUUUGUGUUAAACCCCUCACUCAAACAAACUACUUGUACAUGAUUUUGCACUAAUUUGAAUCAAAAUGGUGAAAGUAUUUACUCUCUGACAUUACAAACGAUGGAGUGUUAACACCUUAAGAGUGAAAAGUUUGUCUCUUGAUUACCCUCACAUACUUUAUUUUCAACAUCCAUGAAUUUUCUUUGUCCACAUCAAAAA